AUGAAGACGGAAACAUUCGGAGUUUGUCCCAAGCAGAGGGAUGUGAGGGAUUUUAUGGUGUCCAGGACCUGCUGGGUGCUGGUUUAGUUUUAACCUCCUGACGGUGGCGUUGAGCAGACCGGACGUUUGGAGGAAACGAGCCUCUGAAAUCUGAAAUCUGUGUCAGGCCAGCAGUCAGUUGUUGUUGGCCUGUAGCGCCUGCAUUCAUAAAUGAUUAAAGCCGUUCUUUACCCUGUCAUGAAAACUGUGACACAGUUCUCCCCCUGAUGCUAAUAGAAAACCUCAUUUGUUAAAUUAUGAGGUGUUUUUUUUCUCUUCUUCUUUCCUCUGGAACAUAUUUGCUCUCAUGAAUCAGCGGCGUGUGUUCGGCGGUUUUCGGAGACAGGUCUGAUCCCGGUAAUUGGAUGUGCGUUGGUUAGCUGCUGCUCUGGUUUAUAAUUCAUAAGCCGGGUCAUUUCUGGGUGUUUUAAUUUUUGAAUGUUGACAAGCUGCUCGGAGAAAUGGUGACACAUACACAGUGUGUGUUUACCUUUCAGAUCCUUCUCAGUUGUUUUUUUUUUCUUUCCUCAAUGAACUCAUUUCCCAAUAAUUUGACGUCCUGUUUGUUUUCUGUCACUUGAUUCGUGGUUCUGUCGGCGGGGGCCCUCGUCACCGGCGCCCCCCGCUGGCUGGCUGCCCGGCUCGGCUCCACUCAUCAUUUAAAACGAGCCAGCGCCACCACAGGCUAACCGUCAGCUGCUGCGAUAGAUGUUAGCCCAAAGCGAAGUCUGAGAGUGGUGAGUCAGAACCUGGUGACGGACGACGUGGCUGUGGUGGAGGGAGAGACGGCGAUCAUCAGCUGUCGGGUGAAAAACAACGAUGACUCCGUUAUCCAGCUGCUCAACCCCAACAGACAGACCAUUUACUUCAGAGACAUGAGACCUCUGAAAGACGCGCGCUUUCAGCUGGUGAACUUCUCAGACAACGAGCUGCGGGUGUCGCUGUCUAACGUCUCGCUGUCAGACGAGGGUCGAUAUGUUUGCCAGCUCUACACAGACCCCCCGCAGGAAGCCUACGCCGACAUCACAGUGCUAAUUCCUCCAGGUAACCCCGUCAUUGAGGCCAAGGAUGAGGUGCUGAGCGAGGGCAACGAGACGGAGAUGACCUGCACCGCCAUGAGCAGCAAGCCUGCAGCCACCAUCAGAUGGAUGAAGGGAGAUAAGGAGCUGAAAGGCAAACCCAAAGUGGAGCUGAGCUACGAUAAGAUGUACACCGUGACGAGCCGGGUGACGUUCGCCGUCAGCAAGGAGGACGACGGCGUCCCGGUCAUCUGUAUCGUCGACCAUCCUGCGGUCAAGGACUUCCUGGCGCGCAAAUUCCUGGAGGUGCAAUACAAACCAGAGGUGAAGAUCGUGGUGGAAUUUCCUCAGGGUUUGACAAGAGAAGGAGAAAACCUGGAGCUGACGUGUCAAGCCAAAGGCAAACCCCAGCCGCAGCGGGUCAACUGGCUGAAGGUGGAUGAUGACGUCCCGUCCCACGCGGUCAUCACCGGCGCCGAUCUCUACAUCGAGAAUCUGAACAAGUCGUACAACGGGACGUACCGGUGUGUGGCUUCCAACCCGCUGGGCGAGUCCUUUGACGACUACAUCCUCUAUGUCUACGAUGCUCCCACCACCACCCCUAAACCCACCACAGCCACCAUCACUACCACCUCCACCAUCACCACCUCCACCCCGAACCCUGCAGCCAGUCAAGACACUGUGCCCAGCGCUGAACCUGCAGCUCAUGACUCUCGAGCUGGAGAAGGAGCACCGAGGACGGUGGACCACGCCGUCAUCGGAGGAGUGGUGGCCGUGGUCGUCUUCGCCAUGCUCUGCCUGCUCAUCGUCUUGGGACGCUACUUUGCAAGACACAAAGGUACCUACUUCACGCACGAAGCCAAAGGUGCAGACGACGCAGCGGACGCAGACACAGCCAUCAUCAAUGCAGAGGGCGGCCACACCAACUCAGACGAAAAGAAGGAGUAUUACAUCUAACCCGAACCGGGGGGAACCCCGCCCUCGCUCGGGUGUCGUCGCCGGCACGCCGAGCAGCUUUCCCGGGAAUGGGGCUGGGGGUUUUUUUGACGGAUUCGGAUCGCUUUUUGGUGAAAGGGAUGGAGGAGGGAUUUUGAAGGAAAAGCCUGGUUUUACGCCGUCGUUUAGUCUAGUCUGCAGAUGUAGAUGGAAUGUUAUUUGUGUUUAAGAUAAAAAAGACAAAAUGUAAAAAAAUAAAGUAAAAAGCGAGUCGGGGGGGUGGGGAUUGGGUGGGGGCGCCAGAUGUUGCCAGAAAUCACUGUAGAGAGCUUCACCAUUUAACACCUCCCUAACUGCUGGUACAAAGUUUAUCUUUUAGUUCCACCAUUUGCAGAAAAUUCUGUGCCUUGUUCUGAAUUUUUUUGUUCUCUCCACACUCUACACCCGUGCUGAUUGUCAUUUGCAUAACCUCGUUGCUCUUUUUUCCCCCGUUUUCAUCCCCUCCUCUUCCCCCCAACUCUUGUUAUUAUCAGCGUGCUGUCGGCUUUUGUAUGAGGGUAAAAUUACACAGCCACUUUAUUCAUUUCUCUAAAUGUGACUGCACACGCACGCUCUACUCCUCUCCUGCAUAACAAACACUCUUUCAAGUAUACUGUGAUUUGUCUCAAGCCAUUUCCUCUCUCUUUUUCCUCUGAGGUUCUGAAGACGUAAUGCAUGGAGUGCUUUGUGUGUCACUGUACGGACAGCCUAAACCAGACGCGGGUUUGUUUUUAUUAAACUCCCCCACACACAACACCUAAAGGUACAGGCAGAAGCGAGCAUGCAAAGGUUUAUGGGUCAUUUUGCCUCCUCUCCUACUGCUGUUACAUCUGGAAACAAACAAAUACACACAUUUGUACGUAAACUGAUUGAAUCUCAUGAAAACUUUAAUUUAUUUGUAUAUAACCGUGAAUUAAACCAUCAUUUAUUUAUUUUUAUCCUACAAUUGAUUCUGACCCUUAAUUAAAUCAAGCUAACAUUAAGUGAGAUUGUAGAUAUUAACCACAGACUUACUGUGUGUUCCCACCUGAUGGUCUGGUAGACUCACUUCGAUUGGGGAUUAAUCACUUUCAAACCGCUUUGAGUCAAACCAACCAAACCUUUUGAGCAACUUGUUUUCCUCCUUACCUGAGGGGGCGCUGCACCAAGAACCACUGAAGGAAACGACAUGAAAACGACACUGAGCGCAACUUCCUUCUUCAUCAGAUAGUACAAAAAUGGAGUGUCAUCAGAUUUUAAUGGUUGGAGGAUUUGUCUUUUAUCUUUAGGUAAAAACCACGAGCCGUUUCUUCCGCUUAGGCUAACAUGUUUGUUUUGGUUGUAGUUACCCAGAAUGCUCUGCGCUGUAGUCUACUUCCUACUUCUGGAGCGGUCUCUGGUUCGCUUGGUGUUCACAUUUAGAACCAAACCAGAGUUCACUUUUGUGACAAAAUGAUGGGGCAAAAUGACCAGAACGUUUGCAUAAAUAAACACCUUAACCAGUCUUGACCUACUUUCUAAAUUACAUCCCUAAUUUUCUCCCAUGUUGCUUAAUUAAAAUUUCCUCCUUUUUCUUAUGAUUAAAAUGCCUGCACAUACCAGCAUUUCAGUUUGGUUGCAUUUUCUCUCAAUCUAAAGUAUUAUUUUUCUUCCAAGUGGAGAAAAUAAGAAAUAAAAUGUCCUAUUUCAAGGGAGAUGCCUGGUUGUUGAAGUGCGGGAUGUUCGUGUUGUGUAGUUAACGCAGUAGAAAGAACCGCCUUAACCAGCUUUAAACUGAAACAUCUGUAAGUUUGAACUUCAUUUGAGCUCUAGAGGGCGUUGGUCGGUGGGUUCAUUUAUUUCUCAUAAACACUGGAUGUAGAUGAAGCCAGAGGAAUCACAAAUCCCAGAGUAACGCCUGACCGCCUUGGUUCUCAUCUUAAGUUCUGACAAACGGAGAGGAAACCGAACGGCUCUGAGAGUCACGCCACUCGGGUUCUGCUUUCACUCGCCCGCUUCUUGAAUGCUUCGAUAUUUCACCCUUUCUUUUGCAUGUCUGUAUCCGCGCCAGGAUCGUUUGCGCUCCGCUUCAGCACCACCUGCCAGAACCGAACCGGAGUCGGUUUGGAGUUAUGCCAAAAGUUAUUGUUUGCUUGUAAAAUAACUUCCUUCAUAUUUUCUGCUCCGUGGCGUUAAUCCGUUGUUUGCAUCAGCUUGUCAACAAUGCAGAGCGCCUGGUGGUUCUGUUGUGGUUCUUAUGAGUUCACACAGCAAGCAACACGUUUAAUGAGUCCAGGACAGAUGUGGGUGGAUGUGGGUGGAGGUAGCGGCUGGCGCGCGCUUCUUUCAGUGGGAAUAUUUAGUAGUUUUCCCUCCUCGUGUCACUUAAAGCUUAAACGCCAUCAUCUGUAUCACUGUCAUUUUAAUUCUGGGUGUUUUUCCAGGGCAAAAUGACUAAAUGAACAAGUUAGAACAGGCCUGUGGGCAUCAAAAACUAUUUCAUCACAUUUAUUUAUUUAGUUAUUUAUUUUUUGCAAAAAAUAAUUCCUAGGUAAUGUGAUUUUAGUCUCCUCAGUCCUCUGUCGCUUUAAAUUCAGCUGCUGCUGGCCACGCCCCCUAACUCAAUGUUUAAACUCGCAGGUGAAAAUGACUGCAAACAGAGGAGCAAUUAUACAACUAUACAUCUUUGAAAAGCAUUAGUAGAGCCUCCUGCAAAACCAACAAGAAGACAGCAAAUGGUUUCUGGAUGGUAAGUCAACAACCAACUGACCAAACAUUCUGGAGCUCAGUUUUGGGUUGCUAGGUAACAGGGUAGUUCCUGCUGAUUGGUGACAUCACAUUCUGGAGAUUUUUGAAACAGCUAAUUUUACAGACACCUAACAACAUGAACGUAUCGCCGAAAACAGCUGAGUGGUUUUGUCUUAAGAGCUUGGGCUGCUGUUAGAAGCUGUAGAAACCCAAGUGGAAAUACUAAAACGUGCAAAAUAUGAUCUUUGCAUAAUGCUGCCCCUUUAAACAUCUACCGCCUUUUGUUGGGGGAAUUUUUUUUUAUUUAAUUUUUUUUUUAAGUUUGAAUUAAUUGAAUUUAUCUAAUCCAGAUGAAAAAAUCAUGAAUAUAUGCUCAAAUAUUUAAAAUCAUGUGAUAACAUUGAAUUAAUCCCACUGAAUAUCUUGGGCCUUCAUGCAUAAAGACUCCUAAGACUAAAAUUAGAUCCUGACAGCUGAAAAUCUCUAAAACUGACUAGAUCGCCUUUAAUCGCCUCUAUAUAAAGUUGGCAGCUCUGAUAAUUUGUUCUGAUUGACUUUUUGUCAGACCUUCUGACUCACAGUUAAUCUGAUAAUCACUGAUAUAAUUAAUGAAAUACAGUUUUAAUCAGAACUAACUAUUCAACCCUCUGAGCUCUAAAGACGUUACAGUGAAGUGGAGAAAAGAUAAUGACAAUAAAACAAAAAAUAUACAAGAAAAAUGUUAAUGCAUCAUCCAGAUCAGCUAUAAAAUUAGCAUUUAAGCUAGCAUGAGCAUUUUAGCUAAGUUUAUCUUUUUGCAAACUGAAUAGGGAAUGCUAAUGCAGGCCAGUAUUUCAGUGAUAGCCCUCAUGCUAACAUCAAUUAGCAUGUUAGUUAAAAUUAUCAUUUGAUCUAUUUAUGAUAAGCCCAACACAGUGAAUGGAGUGAGUUCAUGUUAGUCGACAUGCUGGGUUUAGCCCAUAUGCUUUUAAUAUUUACACUGCUAACAUUAGCUUUUUAGCUAGUUUUGACCUCACACCUCUGUCUUCUGCUGAUUUUAUUUAUUCUAUUUUUUCAGCUCAUCAGUAUAAAUACAUAUCAGUCAAACCCACUGAACGUUUUGGACUGGAAACUGUUUUCAGAGUUCUCGUUUGGGGAGCUGAGUGUUGCUUGUGGUGUGUCCCCAUAUCUACCACUAGUUGUGACUUUUAAGCAGUUCAUUGUAUUUUAUAAAUGUAAAUCACAUCAGCUGUGUGAUAGCUUUAAAAUAUCAUCGCCAUGCAUGAAGACAGCAUUCGGGCUUUUUAUGUUGGGGAUUUGAAGCUGAGGUUUGUGUCAAAAGGGACGGAUUGAAAUGCAUUCUUUAACCUUUCCCCGUCUGUGCUAAUGAAAUGUUUGCAGCCCUAGAAAGGAACAGUUGGGUUAGCCGUAGCUGGGAGUUUCAUUUUUUGGCUUUUUCACCGGACGUGUACAUACUAGUUACACACAUGUCAUGUGCUCGAUUUAAUAAGUCACAUAUAAACCACCACUAUGUUCACUCUGUAUGCUGACGACACUGUUUUGUGUUUGUGUAAACUGGAUGGGGGGGUGGUAAGGCAACGGGGACUGAUUAGGUUAGAUGUUUCACGGUCUGGUGUGUGAAUAAAAAAAAUGACAAAUAUCUGACUGGUUAUUGUUGCUUUAUGGAUCACAGAGCAGAUACCACUUCAUCUGUUAGGCUGCAACUUUGUGAUUUGUAUUCUACAGUGAGCACUGUUUUUGCUUCCAUGACCAAUGGCAGCUUCCACUUAGAUCCAGUUUUAAGACAUAAAGUCGUCAAUACAGGAACUGACGGGGAUGUUGCUUCUUCCUUAAGGCCGAUUUGUUGAUUUUGACUUUUUUGUACUCCUGAAAACAUGAAAGAUACCAUUUGUGUGUGUCGAAUUAAAUCAGAGAUUGGAGUAAAUGACACAUAAGGUUUUGAUUUAUGUUUCUGGAUAUUCCCUGUAAAUUUCAAAAAGAAAAAAAAGAACGCACAUAUGUUGUAACGGAGGUAGUUUCCUGCACAUUGGAUCCCUUUGAUAAUGUCCUGUCUCAGGUUCGUGUGUUGCUGACCGAUGUGACUGCAUCUCAGGUAGAAUGCAAAGUUUAGGCCCCACCUGUCGACAACAUAAAGGCAUGUACAAAUGCGUUCAUCAAGUCCGGAAGUGCAAACACAUUCUUUUUAGGUCCAGAACUGGUGAGAUGUUUUGCAUAUACAAUAUGUUGUACAUGUUUUAUGUAUUUUUUCUUAAUAUUUGGUGCACUGUAAAAAAGAAAAAAGAAAGUCUUAAGUAUUGCUUUUCUUUGACAUAUCAUACGUUUAUUGGAAUGAAGCAGGAUCAGAAACGUGUCGUGGCUGUACUACUGUCACUUUGAACGCUCCACCGCCUUUUCAAACUCCUUUGAUUCCCCCCCCCAAAAAAGGAUUUGAUUGUUCCACCCAGUUCUUGUUUUCAGAUUGUUCUUUUUGUCUCUCUGCUGUACUUUAGAAAAAUGUAAUGUGUAUUAAUGGAGAACAGGAGUUCCACAUUCCCAUACACAUUUUGUAUUGGUUCAUAAAUAGACAUUUUUACAAAACAAUGAAGAGUUCUUGUCUUAAUAAAAGAGAAAAGAUAUUAAUGUCCAAAAUAA